ACCGAGAUCAGCCCUCCCAAUAACUCACACGGACACAGGAAGGGGAAAAGGGAAGGGGAAAUUGGAGGUGAUUUCUCAAUUUAUUUCAUUUUAAUGUUGAUUAAAAAGAGACAGAAAAGCCCCAAAUUGGGCACGAAUUAAAUCAGGCAGGGAUGGAGAGCAGCCAUUGUCACCCUCUGGAAGGUGGCACGGGCACUGCCUGGCACAGGGAUGGAGAGCAGCCAUUGUCACCCUCUGGAAGGUGGCACGGGCACUGCCUGGCACAGGGAUGGAUGGAGAGCAGCCAUUGCCACCCUCUGGAAGGUGGCACGGGCACUGCCCUGGCACAGGGAUGGAUGGAGAGCAGCCAUUGCCACCCUCUGGAAGGUGGCACGGGCACUGCCUGGCACAGGGAUGGAGAGCAGCCAUUGCCACCCUCUGGAAGGUGGCACAGGCACUGCCCUGGCACAGGGAUGGAGAGCAGCCAUUGCCACCCUCUGGAAGGUGGCACGGGCACUGCCCUGGCACAGGGAUGGAGAGCAGCCAUUGCCACCCUCUGGAAGGUGGCACAGGCACUGCCUGGCACAGGGAUGGAGAGCAGCCAUUGCCACCCUCUGGAAGGUGGCACGGGCACUGCCCUGGCACAGGGAGGGAUGGAGAGCAGCCAUUGCCACCCUCUGGAAGGUGGCACGGGCACUGCCUGGCACAGGGAUGGAGAGCAGCCAUUGCCACCCUCUGGAAGGUGGCACAGGCACUGCCUGGCACAGGGAUGGAUGGAGAGCAGCCAUUGCCACCCUCUGGAAGGUGGCACGGGCACUGCCCUGGCACAGGGAUGGAUGGAGAGCAGCCAUUGCCACCCUCUGGAAGGUGGCACGGGCACUGCCUGGCACAGGGAUGGAGAGCAGCCAUUGCCACCCUCUGGAAGGUGGCACGGGCACUGCCUGGCACAGGGAUGGAGAGCAGCCAUUGCCACCCUCUGGAAGGUGGCACAGGCACUGCCUGGCACAGGGAUGGAGAGCAGCCAUUGUCACCCUCUGGAAGGUGGCACGGGCACUGCCCUGGCACAGGGAGGGAUGGAGAGCAGCCAUUGCCACCCUCUGGAAGGUGGCACGGGCGCUGCCCGGCCCUGGCAGGGAUGCAGAGCAGUGUCCCUCGGGGUGACCCCUCCGUGCCCUCUCCCCUGGGAGCACCCCGUGCCGGUGCCAGCUGGGGGUUGGCAUUGCUGCCAGCCUGCCCGCGCUCCCCCCAUCGCUAGGCAACGGCUCCAAGCCGGUUCCUGCGCUCCCAGCUGGCACCUCCCACCAUGUUCCCGCCGCGCAGGGGAUGCGCAGCCCCAUUUCUAUCUUUGGGUGCCAGCGCACGGCGAGGACGGGAGGAAAUCGCUGGCACCGAGCGGGCGGGGUGACACGGGGACCCCGCGCCUGGAGCUCCUCGCCGCGGGGCCGGGGGCUGCCGAGCCCGGGCCAAAAUAA